CGAUUUACAAACAUGUCAUUUUAUUUGCAUUCUUUCAUUUUUUGUUCAAGUUGUAAAGCAAAAUUGUGUUUUUAAACCAAAUGAAUGGAUAAAAUACUACGUGUGUUGUUAUCUUACAUUCUACGGACUAUAAGUUUUAGUUGUAUAUAAUUUUUAGCUAUAUAAAUUAGUUAUAAGUUUCUAAGAUGGAUGGUCAAGACCAGAUGGAGCUCAAAUACAGUGCUGGGGCAGAAGUAGGUGGUUUAGAGCUGUGUAUAGUCUGUGGGGACCGAGCCUCAGGGAGACACUAUGGUGCCAUCAGCUGUGAAGGUUGCAAAGGAUUUUUCAAACGCUCCAUACGGAAGAAGCUCGGCUACCAGUGCAGGGGCAGCAUGAACUGUGAAGUGACGAAGCACCACCGUAACCGAUGCCAGUACUGUCGCCUGCAGAAGUGCCUGGCCUGCGGGAUGAGGAGUGACUCGGUCCAGCAUGAGCGGAAGCCGAUCGUGGACAAGUCGAAAGGCGAGCAACGGGACGGGGGCAUGCAUGAACGACAGGCUGCGUAUUCCAAGCUGCUGGGACUGGCGGGACAAGCACAGGCUGCACAGAUAAAUCCAAAAGAAGAGCCCAGCGACGCUUUCGGCGCGGUUUCCCCCGCGGCGCCCGCGAUAAACUUCGCGUUGGCCGCCGCCGUCGCCUUCAACAAAGGGAAUCCUGUGUCUCCCUACCUAAACGCGGGCAGCGCGAGCGACAUCGAAGGCGCUCGGCGUCAGCAACUGAUGCUGCAGACGCAGCUCGCCAAGAAUCUCUUCAAGAUGGGGCAGUUUGGUGCAAUAAACGAAUAUUUACAGUCGGCAUACGGCGCCACGCCACCCGAGGUGCCGUUGUCGCUACACGCCGCCGCCGACACGCAGCAAGUUGAAGAGCCGGACUCAAGCAUCCUAAGUACAGCGGAGUCCCUCACACUCUCGCUACCGCUGCCCGCGCCCGCGCCGCCGCAUCUGCGUUUGCACGCCGCGUGCGAGGCGGGCGCGCGCCUGCUGGCCGCCAACGCGCGCUGGCUGCGCGCCGUGCCCCACGCGGCACACCUGCCGUUCGAGAUCCAAGUGACCCUAUUCAAGAAGUGCUGGCCGGAACUCUUCGUGCUGGGUCUGGCACGUCUAGCUGGAGCCCUGGCGCUGCCGGCGCUGCUGCCUCAGUUGGUAGCGCAUCUUCAAGCUGAACUGCGAUCGCGUGCCGGCGCCCCACGCCGCCAGCCUGACCCGCCGCAGCCCGAGAUCACAGUAGCAGACUAUUCGGACGAACGCAUAGCGGAGAUCAGCAGCACUUUAACGCGUCUACAGCAGUUCCUGGGCACGCUUGAACAGUUGCGCGUGAGCGAGCGGGAACACGCGCACCUUCGCGCGCUUUGUCUGUUCUCGCCUGAUGGCGUGCCAGAUUUCUUAACCCGCAAGAUGCAGGAAUACCAGGCCAAAGUCCUGCGCUCCCUCAAGGCGUGUUGCCAGCCUGAAGAAGAACGCCUGGCCACCUUAUUACUGCAGCUGCCUGUGCUAAGGACCUUCACUGGACCAUUCCUGGAGGAUGUGUUCUUUGUAGGGUUCUUGGGUGACGUCAGCAUUGAUGACGCCAUCCCGUAUCUGUUGAACGCUGAGCGCUGAUGUGCAGUUAAUAACUACGAGAAACUUGGUGCUUGAAAAAAAUAUUGACUAUUUUUUUAUUCUAUAAGUAUAAUUUUAUGCUCUUUCGUUAGAAUUGACACGAAUUGACUGAGCCAAUGGAACGAAUGACAACACAUUUGAUACAACAUUCUCAUUCACUCAUUCAGUACGUACCAAAUUUAACGAAAAUUUAAAUUGUGCCUUAAUUCCAAGGCAAACUUACUUCCAUUUAAAUUGUUAUAUUAAUUUAGGUUAAACCUUAUAAGUUUAAAAUUAAUAGCUUUAUUCCGAUGACAUGAUACAUCAAAUUUAAUAUCACUAUACUGUAUCAAAGAAUAUUCACUGCCACAGAAUUUACUAGCAAACGUUUAGAACCAAUGCAGUCCAAGUUCACUCAACA